ACCAAGUGGUUUGACUUUAAUGAUGAAGUAAAAGGAUCAUUAUCAUAAACUGCGGAGACUCUGGUAUGACAGGAGCGCUUAUUGUCCGCAGCGGUUGUUCUAAGUAAAGGUUGUUUUUGUUAACUGUAAACUUUCUCUGGAUUACAACUUUGUACUUUCUGUUGGACUCUUGGAUUUGAACCAACCUGCGCAAGAAACUUUUUUUUUCUCUCCAGGAGUCUCAUCUUUGUGUUUCUGACAUGCGCCUCCUCUUUGCUGCUGUGUUCAUUUUAUACUUCUCAGCUGGCUCUGCGACCACAGAGUAUGACGGCUACAACGACUUUGUUGAAGAAGACUACGGUCCUCUGCUAGACUACAAAGAUCCACACUGGUGUCAUUCUCCGGGUCUGAUCAAUGGGGAGGUGACCUGCCACUCCCCUCGCGGUGCGGCCUACAGGAGCACGUUGGACACCCGCUGUGAGAUGAGCUGCGACCGAGGAUACCGACUGGUGGGGAAGAGCUCAAUUCAUUGCCUCGCCAGCCGACGCUGGUCUGGGACUUCCUACUGCCGCAAGAUGCGUUGCCAUGUGCUGCCCCUCAUUCCGCACGGCAGAUACACCUGCACUCAUGGCUUCAUGGUGGACUCCAGGUGUGACUUCACCUGCAACGCCGGCUAUCGCAUCGGGGGGCAACAUUCCCGCACCUGUCAGCGUGGGGGGUCGUGGAGCGGAGCACAGCCUGAUUGUGAAGAUACUGAUCCUCCAAAGAUCAAGUGCCCUCCGUCCAGACUCAAGGUCGCAGAGCCUGGAAAACUCUCUGCUAUGGUGUCCUGGGACCCCCCUGCUGCUUCAGAUACUGCUGAUAAAUUACUCGAAGUAAUAUUAGUAGGCCAGGAGCCGGGCACCGACUUUCAAGCGGGAGCAAGCAUCAUCCGUUACAAAGUGUACGACCAAGCCAGGAACAGAGCGGCCUGCAAGUUUAUUGUACGUGUUGAGGUGAGAAGAUGUCCAGAGUUAGCUUCACCUCUGCAAGGCUACCUCACCUGCUCCUCUGAUGGGAAUAACUACGGUGCAACAUGUGAAUACCACUGUGAGGGAGGAUAUGAGCCGAGGGGCGUAUCUACUCGUGUCUGCCAGUUCAACCGCAGCUGGGGAGGAGAGCCUGCCGAGUGUGUUCCAAUGGAGAUUAAAUCCGAUGUGAAGACGGUCUCCGCUCUCCUGGAUCAGUUCCAUGAAAAGAGGAGGCUGCUGAUUUUGACGGCACCCAACAUAUCUGACCCAGACUACCAGCUGCAGAACCUCAUGAUACAAAAAUCAGACUGUGGAUUAGACCUGCGACACGUAACCGUCAUCGAGCUCCUGGGCUCCCCGCCUCGUGAGACGGGUCGCAUUAAAGAAGGUCUGCUCAGCUCUGAAGCCAUCGAGGGUUUGAGACAAGUGUUCAGAAUCUCCAGAACCUACUUCAGCAUGUUGCUGCUGGACAAGCUCGGGCUGGACCGAGAGCGUUUCAUCACCCCGAUGGCGUCGGAUGAGCUGUUCUCUUACAUCGACAACUUCCUGCUGGAUGAAGAGGAGCGAGAGAGGCUGGAGCUCCACAGGGACUUCUGUGACUAAUCUAAUAAACCUCUCCGGUUGCCACAGCGAUAAACUCAUCAGUAUUACUAAAGGCAAGAUGAGGAAGGACAAACAACCAGAAACCAGGUCCAGAGGGACGUUAGGAGGGAAAAAAGGACACGAAGGCAGUUCCUCAAAUGUGAUCGCUAAACAACACUGAAGUGCCACCACUGUUUUCUCUCUUGAAUAAUCAUCUGAAAGGCACGGAGGCCAGAAAAUGGACACAGAAAAUGACAAGCUUGAGUAAAAGUUCCUUUUUUAACCAUAGAUACAUAAAAUAAGUUUGAUGUGGAUUAGUAGUUUCGUCAAGGAGCCCCUGUUCUGAGCUGAUAUUUAAUGAAAGCUAAGACUGAGGAACACUUGGGUGGAUUAUUGUUAAAUCCAGCUGGUAUGGACGAUCAAGCAUGUCUUCAGCACAUAUUUUAUUGGGUGAACAGAAUAUUAAAAGGCAACCUCGAAGUAAACACGACUCUGAUCACAAACAGUUAAAAGGUUUUAAGAAUCUAUAUCUGCAAAUAAACACAUUUAAUAAUUUCAA